UAAACUGAAGAUCAAAAAUAUUUAAAUUCACUCGUUAUACUAACUGAGCCGCCAUCAAAGGGAUCUGCCGAUUCCGUAUACGAACAGAUACCUUUUUAGUAUUUUUAUUUUAAUUUGCAAAAAAAAAGUUUAAUUUUUAAUUCAUUUUUUUAUAUACACGUCGUUAAGUAAUACAUAAAAAUCAGCCAAAAUGUGUGAUGAUGAUGCUGGUGGUCUUGUAAUUGACAAUGGUUCCGGUAUGUGCAAAGCCGGUUUCGCUGGUGAUGAUGCCCCACGUGCUGUAUUUCCAUCAAUUGUUGGCCGUCCACGUCAUCAAGGUGUGAUGGUCGGUAUGGGUCAAAAAGAUUGUUAUGUUGGUGAUGAAGCACAAUCAAAACGUGGUAUUCUAACAUUGAAAUAUCCAAUUGAACAUGGUAUCAUUACAAAUUGGGAUGAUAUGGAAAAAAUUUGGCAUCAUACCUUCUAUAAUGAAUUACGUGUUGCACCAGAAGAACAUCCAGUUUUAUUAACAGAAGCACCAUUAAAUCCAAAAGCUAAUCGUGAAAAAAUGACACAAAUUAUGUUUGAAACAUUUAAUUCACCAGCUAUGUAUGUUGCUAUUCAAGCUGUUUUGUCUUUAUACGCUUCCGGUCGUACAACUGGUAUUGUAUUAGAUUCCGGUGAUGGUGUCUCACAUACUGUACCAAUUUAUGAAGGUUAUGCUUUACCACAUGCCAUCUUACGUUUAGAUUUGGCUGGUCGUGAUUUAACCGAUUAUUUAAUGAAAAUCUUAACUGAAAGAGGUUAUUCAUUCACAACAACAGCUGAAAGAGAAAUCGUAAGAGAUAUUAAAGAAAAAUUAUGUUAUGUUGCAUUGGAUUUCGAACAAGAAAUGGCAACUGCUUCAGCAUCAACAUCAUUAGAAAAAUCAUAUGAAUUACCUGAUGGUCAAGUUAUUACCAUUGGUAAUGAAAGAUUUAGAGGACCAGAAUCAUUAUUCCAACCAUCAUUUUUGGGUAUGGAAUCAGCUGGUAUUCAUGAGACUGUAUAUAAUUCAAUUAUGAAAUGCGAUGUUGAUAUUAGAAAGGAUUUGUAUGCUAACACUGUAUUAUCUGGUGGUACUACCAUGUAUCCAGGUAUUGCUGAUCGUAUGCAAAAGGAAAUUACAUCAUUGGCUCCAUCAACAAUUAAAAUUAAAAUUAUUGCACCACCAGAACGUAAAUAUUCCGUAUGGAUUGGUGGUUCAAUUUUGGCCUCAUUGUCCACUUUCCAAACUAUGUGGAUUUCAAAACCAGAAUAUGAUGAAUCUGGACCAGGAAUUGUACAUCGUAAAUGUUUCUAAACAUUUUUUUUGAAAUGUAUACAAAAAAGCAACAAUCAUAAUAACAAUAAUAAUCAGCAACAGCAACAACUAAAAUAACAACAACUACUACUUAUACAAAAAGAACAACAAGAACAGGAACAGAAACAACCAGCUAUAACGAUUGGAUGUAUAAUAAUUACUUGAAACAACACACGAAAAAGGAAAAUAUUUUUAAUUUUUUUAUUUUUAAUAUUUUAAUUUAUAAUAGUUUUGUUUUUUUUUUUAAUUUUUAAUUAUUUUGUUUUUGUUUUUUUUUUUUUGGUUUAAUUUUUAAAUUUAUUUUUACUAAAAUUUUUUUUUUUAUAUUUUUAAUUAAAUAUUUAAAAAAAAAAUAUUAUUUUUUUUUUACGGCCAAUAAGAAUAUUUAAUUGUUACAAACAAACAAAAUUUUUUUUCUAUUUAAUUAAUUAUAUUAUUAUUAAAAUUUAAUUAAUUUUAAAUAAUUAAUAUAUAAAAUAUUUAAUGUAAUGCAAAUUAAUAACUACAAACAAAUAUAGGUUGAACUUUCUAUCACAUGAAAGAAUGAGACCAAUAUAUUUAUUUUCAAAUCAUUUUAAUAAAAAUAUUUUUAUUUAUACUCAGAAAAAUAAUUUUUGCUUUUUGUUUUCAAUUAAAAUUCAAUUUUUUUUGUAAAAUACAAAAAAUAAUUAUAAAAAUUAAGAUUAAAAAGAAAAACACCCAAUUAUACAUCCAACAAAAAAAAAAAAAACAAAACUUAAUUUAAAAUAAUUAUUAAAAGAAAAAAAAAUUAAUUAAAAAAACAUUUUAUACUUAAAGAAUUAAUAAAAAAUUUUAAAACAAAAAUUUAGACAUUUGGGUUGGGGUUGAAUAAUUAUUAUAAUAUAACAAUGAAAAUUAAAUGCGAAAAUCAAUAAAAAUUGAACAACACACUGAAAAAAAUAAAAAAAAUUCUAAGGAAAACAAAAUUAAAUGCGGCCAACAAAAAAAGUUUCAAUAAAAACAAAAAAAAAAUUUUUUUUUUAAUUUUUUGUCUUUCGCAAAAACGAAAAUAUUUUUGUUACCCCCGGUAUUUGCUAAUAGUCAAACAAUAUAGCAAUAAGAAAUAAUAACAACAAUCAACAACAAAGUAGAAAACAAAUUUUAUUCUGAAAAAUAACAAAACAAAACUAUUCUUCAAUAUUGAAAUAUGAUUCAACAUGUUCGUUCAUACAUAUAUCAAAUAAAAUUUUUGUUUGAAACAUGGGCAAACAAAAUAAUAAUCACAAUCAUACAUAUAUUGCGAAGCUUUUAUCGUACAUACGUCAUUUAUAUCAGUGGCCGGCUUUAAAGAAUAUUUACUUUAAGGUACUACCCAAAAUAAAUGAGUACUAUACUAGAAAAAAAUAUUCACAUUCGCUUAUGUGUAUACUCACAUAUACAUAUAUAGUAGAUAAUAAUUAUGCCACCAGAGGACUGUCUUCGAUUUUAAUUUAAUUUUUUUUUUUUUUUGAAUAUAAUAACAUACAAUAAAAAAAAAAAACCAAAUAAU